CAUUUCUCCUUCUUCCUUACCUUCUUUUUACUUCUGCAUUUCGCCGUUGUUUUAAAAUUUGUCUUUAUAAUAAACAACAACCAUCCCAAAAUCAUGUUUACUUUUCUUUUUUUAUUUUUUUUACCCCAUUUAAAUUAAGUUAAAAAGAAGCCAAAGCCAUUAUUGUUAACUAUACUUCAUAUUUUUUUCCUUUUUAAUCCCCAAAUUCACAGCCUAUAUGCAUUAUAAGUCCAAUAAUUUUUGGAAUCAUAUGCAUUGUAAUGUAUUUUGUGUAAUGCAUUUUACUUAGAACUAAACUGACUUUAAUUCUUAACAGGAAGGAUUGGAAAACAAAGGGUUUAUUGAUUUUGUGUAAUGUGAUGCGAAUUAAUAAGUGAUUUAUAGCAUAAUUAGGGUUUUAUUGAUGCCUGAUUUUGGAAUUUCUCGAUGACAACAACCAAACGUGCUUAUAAGCUACAGGAAUUUGUAGCACAUUCUUUAAGCGUGAACUGCUUAAAGAUUGGGAGAAAAUCAUCCAGGGUUCUUGUAACCGGGGGAGAAGAUCACAAGGUUAAUCUCUGGUCCAUUGGCAAGCCCGAUGCCAUAUUGAGUUUGUCAGGUCAUUCAAGCGGAAUUGAUUCAGUUAGCUUUGAUUCUUCAGAAGUUCUGGUAGCUGCAGGAGCAGCAAGUGGUACUAUCAAGCUUUGGGAUCUAGAAGAGGCCAAGAUUGUUCGGACUCUCACGGGACAUAGAUCCAAUUGUAUAUCAUUGGACUUCCAUCCCUUUGGUGAGUUCUUUGCAUCUGGGUCUCUGGACACAAAUCUAAAGAUAUGGGAUAUUAGACGCAAAGGGUGCAUUCACACAUACAAAGGUCACAAUAGAGGUGUCAAUGCCAUCAGGUUCACGCCAGAUGGCCGCUGGGUUGUAUCUGGUGGAGAAGACGGUAGCGUAAAGAUAUGGGAUUUGACUGCAGGAAAGCUUUUACAUGAUCUCAAAUCUCAUGAAGGAAAAAUUCAGUGCAUAGACUUUCAUCCUCAUGAGUUUUUACUGGCAACAGGUUCUGCUGACAAAACAGUUAAAUUCUGGGACCUUGAAACUUUUGAACUCAUAGGUUCUGCUGGACCUGAGACAACAGGAGUGCGUUGCAUGGCCUUUAAUACUGAUGGAAGAACCCUUCUUUGUGGUUUACAUGAGAAUUUGAAGGUUUUCUCGUGGGAACCAAUUAGAUAUCAUGAUACAGUAGAUGUUGGAUGGUCUACAUUGUCCGAUCUUAGUAUUCAUGAAGGAAAACUUCUUGGAUGUUCAUAUAAUCGAAGUUGUGUUGGCGUGUGGGUUGUCGAUAUUUCGUGUCUUGAACCAUACACAAUGGAUAGUACUGCACGAUUAAAUGGUCACUCCGUAGUGAAAUCCAAUUUGAGAGUGAAUCUAUCCACUCCGGCUGAGGAUGCUACAGAUGCAAGUUCUGGGAGACUGUUAACUUCACAAAAUUCUGAUGCUGUGAAAGAGUCUAAGUCUUUUAGAAGACUUUCUUUGUCACACAACAUGGAUCUUCAGAGGGAUUCUGCUACUCUUACUACUAUUACAGAUACUCCUGGAAGCACACAAAAAAUAAAUCUCAGUACUGGUCCAAAAGCACCUCCAAUCAGCUCAAAAGCAGUUCAUAAUACAACUGGUGUAAAGAGGAAUUCAGCAAAAACCCAGUCAACAGAAAAUGCUUCUGUUGUCAAUAAGUCAGAGAUAGUACCUGUUCUUGUCCCAAGAAAUAAUGAAAGAAUGGAGCUGGCAUCUGAAUGCAGGAAAGGAGGAGUUGUAGGAAGGGAAAUGCCACAAAGAUUGCAACCAAAAGUAUCUGAUUGGAAGUCUUCUACUCCCAACGAAGACCUUGGGAGGUCAACUGCUGCACCACAGUCUGAAGUUGAAGUACCUAAAGCUUUUGAAAGUAGUAGUGCUGGAGAUAGGAACAUUUUUCCUUCUGUUAAUUGCUCAACAUUUGGAACUGCUGCAACUGAUAGAAAUGUGAAUGAUGACAAGAAUUUAGUUUCCACAAAACUUGAAAUAAAUACAGCACCUGAGUCACUUUCCAGACACCAAAUUGAAGAUUAUGAAGCCCGUGGAAAUAUUCUUAAUAGGAAACCAUAUUCCAUGCGAGGUCAACAAAGAGGAAGGGCACGAUCUACUGUUGCAAACUGGGAAAAGAGAGACAAAGUUCUUAAUAGUGACGAUCUUUCUUCCUGCAUUGUUGGGGUGGUACCUGCUCCAGAUGUGGUUCCCACCAAUAUGAAUUUAACUCAUCGUAAUUCAAAAAUCGUACAUGAAAAGAGAGAAGACCCAGUUUCAGCUGUAAGUGAGGUGGUUCCUGCUUCCGAUGAGGAUAUGAUUGCUGACUUGAUGGAACAGCACAACCAAUUUGUUGGCUCGAUGCAAUCUCGUCUGUCUAAAUUACAGGUUGUCUACCAGUACUGGCGAAGACAUGAUAUUAAAGGGGCAGUAAGUGUAAUGGAGAAGAUGGCAGAUCAUGCUGUGCUUGCUGAGUUAGUGAGCUUCUUGGCAGAGAAAAAUGACAUUAUCACAUUAGAUAUUUGCACAUGCCUUCUACCACUUCUCACAGGGCUGCUUGAGAGCAAGUUGGAUAGACAUCAAGAUAUAUCAUUGAAUAUGCUGCUCAAGCUUGUUAAAGUAUUUGGUUCACUGAUUUAUACUUCGUUGUCUACGCCAACAUCGGUUGGUGUUGAUAUUGAGGCAGAGCAAAGGAUGGAGCGCUGCAAUCUCUGCUUUAUUGAGCUUGAAAAAGUCAAGAGUUGGCUGCCUGGUCUGUCUAGAAGAGGAGGAUCAAUCGCCAAAUUUGCUCAGGAGCUGAAUUUAGCACUUCAAGAAGUUUCAUGAGUUUAUUGUUAUUGCAUGGAAUAUCGGUAUAAUAUUAUUGGAAAGUAACGAUGAUGUUGCUGAACUUGAGCGACUUUUGUAGAUCUGUAGAUGUCUGCACUGCAUGCUUUUGUACCUUGCAGAGCUAUGUACAUUCCUGCUAAGAUGCAACACUGAGUACUAACUUUACAUUUACACUUAUUAUCGCUAGUUAAGAACGACAUGGUCAGUGAGGAUUCAUAUAGUUGACCUCAACUUGUUUGAGACUGAGGCAUAGUUGUUGUAUUGAUAGUUAAGGACAACAUGCUGUAAGUUGCUGCUGGUCUCAAUGUUGCUGCUAAUGAACCUGCUCUGUUGGAGAAGGAUCCAUCUCCCCUAACCAAAUACAUAUCAUUCUUUGUAAUUGUAGGUUUCUUGUGUGAAAUCAUGUAUCAAUUGUGGUAAUUAUAAUAUUAUGCAAGGGUGUCUAAACUAUAGCCGACUCAACUAGUUUGAGAUUGAGGCAGUGUUGAUUGAUAUAUCUAUCUGAACCUUGUCGUA